AUGGUUGCCUGGACCGGUCUGCUCUUCAUGCUCUGCGGCACCCUGACCUCUGCCGUCUCCUGUGAUUGGCUCACACAAUACAAAAGUGUGAGCAAUGACACCCAGGUUCUCCUCAAACUCAUGGGCGAUCAGCUGACUGCACAGGACACUUCAGCGCCUGCGCUUUGUUUCCCCAGCAAUCUCUACGAGAACAUCAGAAAGUCUGAGGUGGAGUCAAAGCUGGUUUUCAUCAGAGACAGUCUCAAGCUCAUUUCCUGUCUGUAUCGCCAUGACAACCUGUCCUCCGCUCCCUGGGACGCCGACAGGACCGAGCGCUUCCUGACGGUCAUCCACAGACAGAUAACGGAAGUGAACGCGUGCGUAAGUGAACGCCUCCUUUCCCCAGCGGACAGCAGUCUGAAGCGCUACUACGGGAGACUGGCCAACAGUACUGUGUCCUGCGCUGGUUGCAGUACUGCGUCGUGGGAUCUGCUCAGGAUGGAGACCAAACUGCGCCUGGAUCAGCUGGAGCUGCUCGUGGCCUCCAUCAUCAGAGGUUCAGCUGCUCCCAGCAGGAGGCGCUCUGCAGCACAACAGCAGCACAACAGCAACUCUGACACAGCGUCUGAGGACUCUGGCGACUGUUUCUGAUGGU